UCCGUACCACAAUGGCGUCUGCUGAUCUGAGGGCCGAGCUGGACUGCUCCAUCUGCCUUAGCCUCUAUACAGAUCCCGUAUCCCUGAGAUGUGGACACAACUUCUGCCGCUGGUGUAUUGUGAGUGCGCUGGAUGCACAGGAGGCAGCUGGAGUGUAUUCCUUUCCUGACUGCAGAGCAGAAUAUUCGGAGCAUCCGACCCUGGAGAAGAACAGGAAGCUGGGGAACAUAGUGGAGCAUUUCUUAUCUGCUCAGUCUGAUAUGGAGGAGACCGGGAUCUUCUGUACUUACUGUACUAAGUCUCCUGUACUGGCUGUGAGGACAUGUCUGCAGUGUGAGGCCUCGUUCUGUGAAAAGCAUUUAAGAAGACACAGUAAGUCAUCAGAACAUACUUUGGUUGAACCUACUGUUACCCUGGAGGACAGAAAAUGCUCCACACACAAAGAGGUUCUAAAAUAUUACUGUCCGAUGGACGCCGCCUGUAUCUGUGUGUCCUGCUGGGUGGCUGGAGACCACAAGGGACAUGACGUGGAGCUACUGGACGUGGCCUCCGAGAAGGAAAAAGAGAAACUUAGAUCUGUAAUUGAGAAAGUGAAGUCUGAGAGAGAAGAAGUUGGAAGAAGAGUCCAGAAUCUAAAGGAUCAUAAGACAGAAGAGGAAGAGAAAUCAGUCAGACUCGCUGAGAAAGUCACUGGUCUUUUUACUGAUCUCAAGGAGAAGCUGGAUGAUAUAGAAAAGAGAAUCCAGGGUGAGAUUUCCAGACAGAAGGAGCAGGUGUCACUCUCAGUCUCUGAUCUGAUGAAACAGGUGGAGCUACACAAAGAUGAGCUGACAAAGAAGAUUAAUCAAUUUGAAGGAUUAUUUAAUUUCACAGAUCCACUGACUUUCCUAAAAGGAAACGUAAACAGUGUUGACAUCAGUGAUAGGAGAUGUGAUGUCAUCGGCGAUGUACGAGAGGCUCAGUGUCUGGGUGAAGACUUAGUCUCACAGAUAUUACACAGAGGACUGUUACGCUUUGCCAAGAAUCUAACUGAUAUGAAGAAGAAGAGACAGUUCCCAGUGAUGGAGAAAUCAGACGUACUGCUGGAUAUAGACACUGCUCAUAAUAAGAUUAAUAUAUCACGGGAUCUCAAAUCUGCGUUUUAUACAGCGAAAUCAAAGGGCAGACCCGAUGGGCCACAGAGGUUUAUAUCCUGUCAGGUUUUAAGCUCCAGCAGCUUCUCCUCUGGGAGACAUUACUGGGAGGUGGAUGUGAGUCGGGCAGAGAAAUGGAGCAUUGGAGUGGCCGAGGAAAGUCUGGAGAGGAAGGUUCAUGGAAAUGAAUCUUUUAUUGGUUAUAAUGAGAAAUCCUGGGGUUUGAUGUUAAUUAAUAGUUUUGGUGUGCGUCAUAACAAUACCUAUAAGCCGCUGGUGUCAGACUCUCCUGUGAAGGUUGUCGGGGUCUAUCUGGACUAUGAGGCUGGGCGCCUGUCUUUCUAUCAGCUGUGUGACCCCAUCAGACACUUACACACCUUCACCGCCUCCUUCUCCGAGCCGCUCUAUGCCGCUUUCUCUCUGUUUGAAAAUUCCAGUAUUAGAAUCAUGAAUUAA